GCGGGGACUCUUACUGCGGCGGGGGGCGCGGGGAUCGGGCCGCCCCGCAGAGCUCCCGCACCGCGGGAGAGCGAUCGGCCCGCCCGGCGAGCCAGCUCSGUCCCAGCUCCGCGCCUGCCCCGCUCCUUGCGCUCUUUGCUCCGCGCCGUCCGCCCCGUCCCUCYGCCCCGGGAUGCCUCCCAACCUCACCGGCUAUUACCGCUUCGUCUCCCAGGAGAACAUGGACAGCUACCUGCGGGCUUUAGAUAUCAACGURGUCCUGCGAAAGCUGGUCUGCCUGCUGAAGCCUGACAAAGAGAUUAUCCAUACGGGAGAUCACAUGAUCAUCCGCACCAUCACCUCCCUGCGGGACUACGUUAUGGAUUUUGACGUGGGAGUCCAGUUUGAGGAAGACCUGGGACCCGUGGAUGGACGCAAGUGCCAGACAACCGUSUCCUGGGAGGGGGAUCAGCUGGUGUGUGAGCAGCUCGGAGAGAAGAGGAACCGAGGCUGGAGGCACUGGUUGGAGGGCGACCAGCUGCAUCUGCGCAUGACUGCUGAAGAUGAGGUCUGCGUCCAGGUUUUCCAGAAGGUGAAGUGAGCGCUUCCCGCAGAGAUACCCGGACGGGACCCGCGCUCCCCAGUGCGMAAAAGGAAAAGAAACAAGACCCGAGCGAGCCGAGCCCUCCCGUAGCAGCGUGUUUUGUUGUACCUCGCCCACCGCCCAGCAGCGGCCGGGGGUCACGGCGGGGCCGGGCCGGCGGAGA